ACAAACGUGGCUGCGACUGCGAGCGCCAAUUUAUACUGGCUGAGCCGCUAAAGAUGUCACUUCUAAUUGGUUCGGGUUCGUUUGUGAUCGCAGCCUACCGUCUGCAGCCUUACUAGUCUGUUCUGAUGGUCCUUUAAGAAUAAGUGCAGGAGGCGGUUGCCGUGGUGACCGUACGUGAGUUCUGCCGUCUCUUCCCGCUUGGAGAUCCUCAACUGGUAUGGCAGAAACCUCAAAAUAAACCAACCAUGAUUCGAAUUGCAGCUUUAAACGCAGCCUUAACUGUGGAAGGAGAACAUGAGGAGACUUUCAAAAGUCAUAAAACACAAACAAAGGAGGCUCAGGAAGCUGAGGCAUUCGCACUUUACCAUAAGGCUUUGGAUCUACAGAAGCUUGACUGCAAUGACGAAUCUUCCAGAGCAUACCACCAGCUGCUUGAGACCCGACUCCUGCAAGAAGCAGUUCCUUCAAGUGAUGAAAAGGAAGGGUUGAAACAUCCUGGCCUCAUGCUGAAAUAUUCCACCUAUAAAAACUUAGCACAACUUGCUUCCCAACGAGGGGAUCUAGAGACUGCCAUGGAAUUUAAUUUAGAGGCUGUUAUGCUAGACUCCACUGAUGUUAACCUGUGGUACAAGAUUGGAUGCCUUGCAUUACGGCUAGUGCGCAUCCCACUGGCGCGGCAUGCAUUUGAGGAGGGCCUUCAGUGUAACCCCGACCACUGGCCUUGCCUUGAUAACUUAAUCACUGUACUGUACACGCUUUAUGAUUAUUCUACCUGUCUGUACUUUAUCUGUAAGGCUUUGGAGAAGGACUGUCGCUACAGUAAAGGCCUGGUAUUAAAAGAAAAAAUUUUUAAGGAGCAGCCAUGCCUUAGAAGGGACUCAUUUCGCAUGUUUCUCAAAUGUGACAUGUCCAUUCAUGAGGUGGAUGUUAGUGAAAGAGAAGAAAGCAAAAUUCUGGAGGAAGCAUUAGAUCUGCGGAGAAAAAGACAGGCUCUGAAUGUUCGAAAGGAGGAACCUGAUUUGAAGUUGGUACAGCUUCUCCCAUUCUUGACGUGGAAAUGUCUUGGUGAAAGUCUGUUGUCCAUGUACAGACACCUAACAACAUGUGAACCCCCUCGACCCAGCUUGGGAAAGAGGAUUGACCUUACCGACUAUAGAGAACCAACUGAGCUCCUCCAAAUGCUCCCAGCUUCAUCUCCUGCUAACCCCAACACAGAAACUCCUAUUCUUUCAACUCCCACAACUCCUGUGGUGUCCGUGGUGGACCCACCUCCUACUUUUCCCUCGGUCAACACCAGUGUGUCCUCCAGCGGUAUCCUUGAUUCAUCAGCUAUGCUGGAUACGUCUACUGGUGACAAAACAAAGAAGGGUGUAAAAAGGAAAAGGACAACAGAGGAUGCAGGAGAGACAGCCAAGAGACGCUCUGCUCGUGUCCGAAACACCAAGUGCAAAAAAGAGGAGAGAAUUGAUUUCCAAGAGUUGCUGCAGAAGUUUUUGCCAUCCAGGCUCCGUAAACCAGACUCCGAGGAAGAAGAAGAUCCAUUCACCAGCUUUGAUGCGCUCUCUGACAUGAAGCCAGAAAGUUUAUCCACUGGCGGGGAUCACAUGAUGUCUUUCAACUCUGCCACUUUUAUGGAGUCAGAAAAGAAUGAUGUGCAUCAAUUUCUUCUGGAUAAUAUGGAAAAUGGGGGCAUUCUGGAGCUCAUGAUGAGGUAUCUCAAAGUUAUUGCUCAGAAGUUCCUGGUGAAGUGGCCCCCUGGACUGACAGAUGUGGUACUCGGUAUACAUGCCAGCUGGAGGAAGCACAGCAGUGGCCUACCCAACCCGUUGUUGAGGGACAGCAAAAACCAGCAUAUACGGGAUAUGAUGGUCAUGAGCCUAACCUGCAUGGAGCUGCAGCUGGACCAAUGGCUUUUAACUAAAAUGAAAAACCCUACAGUAUCUCCCAGAAAGUGCCCCGCAGGAAUUACUUCCGACUGCUUUGGACCCGACUUUCCAGGAACCCACUUUUUGGAUGACUUGAUGCUUAUGGGUUUUGCGGCAUCUCAGCGCGACCUGUUCCCAGAGGGUUGGCUGAAUUAUGCUGUGUGUGUGUAUUGGCUUAAAGCACGUUUCUUGGCUUUACAGGGUGACAUGGAGCAGGCCCUAGAAAAUUUUGAUAUCUGCACUGAACUACUACAAAGUUCAGAAGCUACAAAUACCAACUUGGAGAGUGAAGAAGCAAUGGUUAUUCAGCUACCCAACCUGCAGCUGGAUUCUGUAGUGUCUGUAGAAGAGAUUGAAAACAGUUUGAAGUCCCUUGAGAGAUGCCAGUCACUGGAGGAAAUCCAAAGAUUGCAUGAAAUCGGGGACUUCUCCUCAGUAGUCCGUCUUCUACGCCCAACAUUAUGCCUGAGCGGAUAUAGCCAAGCCAAGCACCUGAACUUCGUGACGUCUACCCCUGAGAGGCCAGCACAACUAAUGCUCUUGCAGGAUUCCUUACUGAAGCUGUCGGACUUCAAACAGUGCUUUGAGGGCUCAGAGGUUGCACUAAAUGAAGCCAUCCAACAAAUAACGACGUCCUCAACGGCCAAGGAGGAAUGGGUUACCACGGCAACGCAACUACUAGUCGGAAUUGAUCUGUGCUUGUCAUCUGACAGCAGCGCCCUGCAGGAGUUGGCGCUGACACCACGCCUCAUCCGCCUGUGCAACAACCUCAUCCAGGUAAUAGAUUGCAGCAUGGCUGUUCAAGAGGACUCCAAGGAGCCUUCUGUAUCAUCUGUGCUGCCCUGGAUAAUCCUCCACAGAGUCAUCAAGUAUGAAGAGGAAACUUUCAUUUCCUUGCACAAGCAGCAUCGUCACACUGACAAUAAGGAAGAUUCGGAUAGCCAAAUGCUGCCAUCUUCGCUCAUGCUCCUGAAUGCCGCACAUGAGUACCUGGGGAGGAGAUCCUGGUGUUGUAACUCAGACGGAGCCCUCCUCAAGUUCUUAGUGCGUGUUCUUCAGAAAGAGUUGGCUGCAUCCACCAAAGAUGAUACACAUCCAUACAAGGAGGAACUAGAAACGGCACUGGAACAGUGUUUUUAUUGCCUGUACAGCUUCCCUAGCAAGAAAAGUAAAGCACGCUACCUUGAGGAGCAUUCUGCACCACAGGUGGAGCUGCUGUGGGAUGAUGCGGUCAUCAUGUUUGAUUACUUCAAGCCAAAGACACUUCCUGAAUUUGACAGCUACAAAACGAGCACUGUGUCUGCAGACCUGGCAAACCUACUGAAGAAAAUGGCAACUAUCGUGCCAAACUCAGACAAGCCCAAAUUGAGUAUGGAAACUGUGUCUGCAUAUAUUGAAGGCACAAGCAACAAGGUACCACUACUUCCUGAAGGAGCAGAGGAGUCGCCAGAAGUUCUAAUUGAACUGUAUUACCUGUUAGCCGAUUAUCACUUUAAGAACAAGGAGCAGUCGAAGGCUAUAAAAUUUUACAUGCAUGAUAUCUGCAUUUGUCCAAACAGGUUUGACUCCUGGGCCGGCAUGGCCCUGGCACGAGCAAGCCGCAUCCAGGACAAACUCAACUCCAAUGAACUGAAAAACGACGGUCCCAUCUGGAAACAUGCCACCCCUGUUCUCAAUUGUUUUAAGCGUGCGCUAGAGAUUGACAGCUCCAACCUGUCCCUGUGGAUAGAGUAUGGCACCAUGUCCUAUACACUACACUCGUUCACAUCCCGCCAGCUCAAGCAGUGGUUCAAAGACCUGAAUCCAGAGGGAGUGGUACAGUUGAAGGAACGCCGGGACACGAUGUUGGAAACGGCAAAACAGUGUUUCAUGUCAGCAUCCCGAUGUGAAGGAGAAGGAGAUGAAGAGGAAUGGCUUAUUCACUAUAUGUUGGGGAAGAUCGCUGAGAAGCAGAAACUUGCCCCGGAGGUUUACCUACAGCACUACAAGCAAGCAGGACACUACCUUCACGAGGAAGCUGCACGCUACCCUAAGAAGAUCCAUUAUCACAACCCCCCAGAGCUAGCUAUGGAGGCCUUAGAGGUAUACUUUCGCCUUCAUGCCUCUGUCCUGAAACUCUUGGAAAGACCAGAUGAAAAACUGGAUGCAAGGAUGCUGUUCACCAUCAUGAAGGAGUCAUCAGAAGGACCAUUUGCCAGAGGAGAGGAGAAAAACUCAACCAAAGCUACUGAAAAGGAAAAGCCUUGCGCACAGGAUGAGGACUCCCAUUCUUCGGCUGGGACAAUGCCAGGCCCUGGGAAUUCCAUUCCUUCCUCGUCAGGUCCAGGUCUGACAUCUCCACCUUACACAGCCACUCCGAUUGACCACGAUUACAUCAAAUGUAAACCCCCCCGUCAUCAGGCCACGCCGGACGACCGGAGCCAAGACAGCAUGGCCGUUAUCCUCUCAGAUUCAAGUAGCACGCAGGACACGUUCAAUGAACCAGCCAGUUCCCAGGACAGCAUCAAGAGAGCGUGCUUAGAGAAGAAAUCCAUCAGUACCCCCAAUGCAGCUCAUUACAGAGAGGUCCAGACAGAAGAAGAAAAAGGAAAAACAGAAGAACACACAGAGCCUCCAGAAAGUUCCAGUACUUGUGAGAUCAGAGGACCCUCAGAAACGCAUCCUACCAACACUACUCCAGUUAGGGCUCUUCCACCAGCGGCGCAACUGGGUGACCUCCGGAAAAAAAGUGAAGUAAUGGGGGAAAUGACUGAGUAUCCGCAGAGCCUGCCUGAAGGUACAGAGGAACAGCGCAGGGUGCUGAUGGAGCAGUGCAUCAACUCUUUCAGACUAUGUCUAAGCCGCUUCCCUCAGCACUACAAAAGCCUGUACCGGUUGGCCUACCUGUAUACCCACAGCCAUACUCACCAGAACCUACAUUGGGCCAGAGACGUGUUGCUAGGCAGCAGUAUCCCGUGGCAGCAGCUGAAGCACAUGCCAGCACAGGGACUCUUCUAUGAGAGGAACAAGACCAAUUUCUUCAAUGGAAUCUGGCGUAUACCUGUGGAUGAUAUAGAUCGCCCUGGUAGCUUUGCUUCUCAUAUGAACCGCUCUAUUGUGCUUCUUCUGAAUGUUCUGGCUCAGCUCAAGGACUCCAACACACUGCUGAAAAUCUCGUGCAUGCUACAGAGGACCCCCGACCAGGGGAAGAAGUAUUUGCGGGAUGCUGAUCGUCAAGUCUUGGCACAGAGAGCUUUUGUUCUCACCGUGAAAGUGUUGGAGGACACCCUGAGUGAGCUGUCUGGGGAUCCAUAUAAUCCGGACCCCAGCCAGUUUCAGACGGCUUCCAUGACAACAGACGUGUCUAGCCGGCCCACUUCAGAGGACCGGAAAGAUGUACCGCCAAAGAAGAGCUCUGUAGUGUGUGAAGGUGUGGUCCCGGGGCUAGAAAAUGGAGGAAAGGACAUAACACGAGGCCCUGUCUCACAGGCCAUGGAUACUGGGGAGACUAGGAGUGUAAAAGAUGUGGCUAAUCAGAGCUUUGAGCCCAUGGAUCACGGUGGACAAUCCUGUGAACCUGAUAGACAUGGAGACCAGUAUAAGAAAGAGACAACUAAGCACCUUAGGGACAAGGGACCUGAAGGUCCGGAGCUGUCAUUAGAGGAACUCAGCAUUAGUUCUAAACAUUAUCAGCCGGCAGCAAGCAGAACCUUAGUACAGUUACAACAGCCCCACGCCGAGGAUGCCCCACAAAGAGCCAGUCGCAAACGCAAGCUACUGGAUGACACCGAGAGCAGCAAAAACCUUCUCCUGGAAGCCUAUCGUGUCUGGCAGCAGGGUCAGAAGGUCACGGCAUAUGACCUGGGCAAGAUUGAAAAGAUUAUGUGUAAAACGUACAUGUUAAUUAAACAGGUGGAUGAAGGUGCGGCUCUAGAGCAGGCCAUUAAAUUCUGCCAGAUUCAGAUGGGAGCUACUGCCCAGAAACAACAGCCCUCCGAUACUCCCAGCACCCCAAAGAGUCUCAAGGACCCCCGUGAGAUUGCCUUUCCAUUGCCUGCCGUAUCUGUACAGCUCACACCCCUCAACCUUUCCUCGGUCAGCCCAGAAAACCUGCUUCGACUAUCUGAUCACCAAGUGAAAGUCAGGCCAGCACCAGCUAACACAUCGUCGCUGCCAGAGGCUGUUUGUGGGCAAGGGGCCAAAGCCUGCCCUUCCAUUCCCCAAGUUACUUGUGACGAUGAGCAGCUAGAAGACUCAUCCAUGCCACAUCCAAAUUUAUCCCAACGACUGAAAGCGGCAGCUGUCUCCAGCACUCCAGAUCCCUCUAACUGGCAGACUGAAGCCACGUGCCAAUUUGCAAGUUCUAGUCACGCAGAAACAGCCUGCAGCUCUAGACCUCAACCUGACCCAAAUGUCCAGUCUAAUAAAGGGGACACUGCUCGUCACAAGACCCGUGCGCCACCUAAUGUGCCAAAGCUUUUCAUCCCCUCUUCCGCUAUCUCAAAGUUUCCUCCAGAGAUCACAGUCACACCACCAACUCCGACCCUCCUCUCUCCCAAGGGCAGCAUCUCUGAGGAGACAAAACAGAAGCUCAAGUCUGUCAUCCUGUCUUCUCAGUCUGCUGCCAAUGUGAAGAAGGAGACUCUGUGCCAGCCAGCUCUUGAGAUCCUGGACAUCUCUAGUCAAGAAUCUUCGCUGGAGAGUGAUACAGAUGAGGAAGAUGACUACAUGGACAUUUAAGGACUGCCCGUCUGCUUCUAAACACCUGCCUAAAGAAGAAGCUUUGCUUGUGCUCCGGCCAGUCUCUGCUGACUGUGCUUGCAUGUUACAACUUGUGGCAUGUGGAUUGCUUUGUGUCUAUCAAAAACUAGGGUGUCAAUCUACACAAUGCAUUACGGCUAUAUCAUAUUCAGGGACUUUCCUACUAUCGAUGCGACAGCCGUGCAUGUGUGUUGGAGUGUCUGUGAGCUCAAAGGACACGUCACUGCAUGUCACUGAGAAGACUUUCGGAGUCCAAAAAGAUCACCUGAUGGAUACGAACAACAUAAGCAGAAAGAUUUCUGAGAUUUUGUCUAGUGUUUACUUUAAAUCGGUUGGACUGGGUUUCACUUUGGUUCCUUGAAGCAAUUUCAGAAGAGACAUACAGUUCAUCAGUUCUCUCUGUGUGAUUGGCUGCUGAACUCAAGACUUCUAGCUGGUUAUAAGAAAUGGAGAUCUUAUCUUAAGUUGAAGAAUGCUAAUUUCUUUUGAGUUCACUUUUUUUAUACUGAACGCAAUAUUUGUAAAAUAAAAGAAAAAUGAUAACUCAUUUGAAAAAGAGAGAAACAAUCACAGCUGGUGAUACAUACUGCACAUAGUUUUGUAAUAAAACUAUUGGAACUUUU